UUUGAUACUGACUCGAGUAGACCUUCUCCGUGGUUGUUGGAAGUUGGAAGUUGACUGAGAUUAAGCUUGCAAAAAAAUUAACGGAGGCAUGAAGCGACACACGGUGGGAGCAGAGAAAAGAGAGAGCAAUCUCAGAGAGCGCUGUUGUUGGCUGACGUAGAAAAAUGCUGCAAACUGACUGAUCCGUUUUUAAAAUGAAGUGCAGCUUCAGCUAGCACUCGCGCUAAUAAUGCUAGCACUAAUGUUAGCGACACAGCUGAGCCAGCACACCAGGGAGGAAGACAGGACAGAGAGGAAUAUGAGCAAGAGGAGGAUGAAGACGUUGACAUGGAUAACUGCGUGACGCAUAGAGAGAAACGCAGGAAACACGAGGAGAGGAACAAAGCCCCCCCGGAAGGUGGAACCAUGUUAUCUGGUGUGCCAACACAUCCUCACACCUUAAAAACCUGAAUGGGGCGACUGCCAGUGAGUCCCAAAAUGACAUGGCUAUAUCACGGUUCCCAUAACAACAUGGCAGCUGCAGGGCACCAGCGGCAGGCGUAAUGGACCUUCAUCGUAUGCUCGUGGUAUGCUGGACCGGCCUUUGGCAGGCUCGCUAAUGGGAUAUGGUCCACAGCUCCACCUGUUCCAAUGAAUUUCUCUCCUUGGAUCAGCUCGACAGCGUCACGUGAGAGCCUGCAAAUAGGGAGCUCUUUAGAUUGUGAUGAAGGGAGAGGUGUCUCACCAGGACUUAUGAAUGAGAACACAUCACACACAGCGGGGACAGAGACAGGGAAGACAUGUUAUUGCUUUCGGAGGUUCCUGUCCUGGUGUAACUGUCAGAGCAUAAUGGUGGCUUUCAAAGGGAUCUGGACCAAGGACUUCUGGAGGGCUGUGUCUGGAGAAUACCUGGCCACGCUCAUCUUUGUCCUCCUCGGUGUGGGCUCCACCAUCAACUGGGCCGCGGGCGAGGAGAAGCCUCCCCCGGCCGACCUCGUCCUCAUCUCCCUGUGCUUCGGGCUCAGCAUCGCCACCAUGGUGCAGUGCUUUGGCCACAUCAGCGGUGGGCACAUUAACCCGGCGGUCACUGCUGCCAUGGUGGUGACAAGGAAGCUGAGCCUGGCCAAGGCGGUGUUCUAUGUGGUGGCUCAGUGCCUGGGAGCUAUUACAGGAGCUGGGAUCCUUUACCUCGUCACACCUGCUGCCAACAGAGGGACCUUCGGUGUGACCACGGUGAACACCAACAUCUCUGUAGGACACGGCCUUCUCGUGGAGCUCCUCAUCACAUUCGAGCUUGUCUUCACCGUCUUCGCCACCUGUGAUCCCAAACGCACAGACCUCGGAGGCUCUGCGGGCCUCGCCAUUGGCUUUGCUGUCGCUAUUGGCCACUUAUUUGCAAUCCCUUACACAGGAGCCAGCAUGAACCCUGCUCGAUCCUUCGGGCCUGCAAUGGUCACACUUAACUUCCAGGACCACUGGGUUUACUGGGUAGGACCCAUUCUCGGGGGCAUCCUGGCUGCCGGUCUGUAUGAGUACCUGUACUGCCCCGACCCGGAGGUGAAGAAGAGGCUGAAACAGGUCUUUGAGAGGGAUCUGGCCGGAAGGUACAGGGAGGUGGAGACGGAGGACAUUUCCGUCAAGCCGGGCUCCAUCCACACCGUCUCUGAUCCAGAGAAGUCGGAGAAAAAAGACCUUUUCCAGGAUCCGACAGGAGAAGUGCUGUCCUCAGUAUGACUAUCACGUGCACUGGAAAUGGAGACCAAUCUGUAAAGCGGAGUGACAGCGAAGAAAACUUUUGAGCAUCCAUCUCGAGCCUGUCCCCCGCUUCCAAAAGGCCUCAGAGCAGAAUAUAAUUUCUGCCCAUGACAGCGAGGCUGAAUUACUCUCAUUGUCAUAAAGCUAAUAUGAUGUUAUGGCUCAAUCCCACAAACAUCUACAACCCUGUUCAAUACUCCUCCUGAGGCCCUCCUUGAACGAUUUUCAUCCGGCGUUUGGCAUGCAGCCCGCGCUGCACGCCACAGACCGACAGCCCCACGAUACAUUGUGUUAAGGAAAUAUAUGUAGGGUCAACCAAUUAUGUGGGGUCAUCACGCCAAAUUGGAGGACUGAAGAAGAAAAUGAAGCCUUGUUAUUUUUGGAUUAGUGUCACAUUUGGUCCAUGUAUUGCAUAUGUACUAACAGGCGAGAUGUCUCCUUGUGAUCAUUAAGCACAUUACAGGUCCCAAGCAACGUACAGCGGCUCUGACAGGCUUUAUUGUCAGAGCUGUAUUACGGCGCACUCUAUUUUCAGUGCAUUAGUCGGGGGAAACAUCCAGCACGUCUUAAUGGUAACACUGUGUUUAUUAUGUCGACUGCCACGUAAUGUUUUUUUCUUUUUUUUCUAUUUUGUGAAACUGUGAUACUCAGCUGUUUUUAUUCUGUAGAUCUAGUUCUUGUUUUUACAUAUUUCUUAUUCCUUCAACCUGAAUUUCAUACUUGGAGGUGCAAUAUGUGCAAAUUUUAGUUCAAGACAUGAAAAUCUGUAUUUUGUGUUGAAGAGACAUCGUUGUACACUGUAAAAAAAAAAAAAGUGACUCUACUUUAACAAAAUGAGGAAACCAAUUACCAAGUAAAGUAGACAAAUAUUUUCAAGUUUUUAAAACUUUUUAUAUCAUAACUUAAAGUUAAUAGUCUACUUUACUUUUGGUUUCUUGCCUUCCUUUAAAGUUAAGUUAACUUCUAAACUUUACAGUAUCCUGGAGUUAGCAUGCUAACCUGCUAGCCCCAGGAUGUUACACCUCUUCCUCCCAGCGUUAACACUCCCCUGGUAAUCCGGCUAGCUGCACGGCUAACUGAGCUAACAAGCUAACCGUAGCCACAGUCAUGGAUGUAUAAAAAUAAUACAGUUAGCAGCAGUUCACCGUUAUGUUCCGGUGAUAUGCCGCCCCUGUUUAUUGGGAAUUCAAGGUGGCCAAUUCUUACGUAUUGCACCUUUGAAUAUUUAACUUAUUGACAAGAUUAUCUGUCUUUGUCAUUCUGUUCUCAGUUCUUGUUUUAUGCUCACAGACAUGCAAAUGCACCAAGAUGUAAAAGUUGUAAUAAUAAAAGUUUUUAUUUUUAUUUUUAAGUCCUUA